AUGACCAGCAUGGCUAAGUUUGAUGAAGUGCUCACGAGCUUCGAGGGCAAGUCACCACGUGACGCUUAUAAAAAAACCUGUGAGGAUCUAGGCGUUCAUAGCCAAAAUUACGUCCUUGAUCUAUUUCCCGAAAAGGUCGGGGCAUUUCACAUCAUCAACGCUAUAGAGCUCGAAAAUUGUCUUCUGGGGACGAAAGGUUGCAUGGCACUGCUCCCCAUCAUUCGAGUUAGCUCAACUCUGCGCAAGAUUAACGUCAGUGGCUGUGGCGUUUCCGAUGAGUUCGUAAAGGGUCUAUGUGAAAUCCUCGAGACCCAUCCAGCCUUGCGUUAUGUGAAUGUCAGCGAUAAUCAGCUAAUUACCGUUUACUCCGCCCCAUACAUUAUCAAUGUGAUGAAACAUAACAGUAAUCUGAUCAGUUUUGACGUCAGCGGGACUCACGUCGGCAGGAACGUAGGCAACAUCAUUUCUGACCUUGGAAACCGCAAUGUGGAGCGAGUUACGAACUACUACCAAGACCGGUACUUCAAGAUGAAGGACCUGUUCAAUUAUCUGGAUGAGAACGGUACAGGUUGGGUACACCUCAAAUCCCUCGUUAUGAACUGCCCUUACCCUGUCUUGCAAGAACAAUUUGUGGAGAGGAUUGCCCUCAAAAAACCAAAAAAGCGCAGUGACAGCUCCAUCAGUGUUAACACCUUUUUGCAGCUGGUAUAUAUGAACUAUAAAACGGAUAUUGACAUUGCCCAGUUCAUUGGCGAGUCAAAGACGAAGACCGAUGGCGAAACCAAACGAGUGAGUGUGUUCGGUCAGAGCGGCAGCGACGUUUCAAACACUGAGCCGCUCGAUGAGCAGUACGUGCUGAUUGUGGCUAACUGGAAGCAAAUUAUCCGCAGUGUGGAGGAGUAUAACAGGAAUGUAGAAAAUGGCCCUAAAGAAAAUAUUCCAGAGAAGAGCGAAGACUCGAUGGACUUUUUGUGCGGUAUUGGAGUGCCUAAUCGGCGAUUAAAGCUGCCAGAUGAUUUCCAUCGGUUGCGUCUUCGUGAUUAUUUGCUCACUGAUAACGAGGCCACCGCACUGAUCUCUGCCGCGGCGUCUGAAGAAGCGAUGAAGGAAAUUCAGGAGAAUCCCUCAUCAGGGAAUAAAUCAUCCGACGAGGAAAAUGGCGAGAUCACUCUUUCGAUUCUGAGCCUCCUGUUGGCCAGUAAAACUUCGUACGAAGAUCCACCCAUCACAAAGCCCGUGUAUCAGUUUUACAAGGAGCGCGACGCGUCAUACAUCCCGGACUGUGUGCGCCACGGCUCCCGACUUAUGAGCCUGGCGCGGCUGAGUAUGCUGGACAGCUGCAAGAGCUCCCGCUUCAGCAUGGUGAGCACGAACUACGCCGAUACCGUGGAGGUCCUCAGCGACCCACCCCGAACCUUCUCGCUCCCCCACUCCGUGGUGAAGGCUGUGGUGAACUUCUUCAAUGCCGAAGUCUUGAAGAACACCCAGAAAUCAAAGCGGAAGAUCUCAACUUCAGACAGCCCUCGCAGCCGUCGGGAUAAGGCCUUGGAGCGGGCCUCGAUUUCUGUCAGUGCUUUUCUGUCAACGGAGUUCUCGACAGAGUUCGAGAUUAUUCGCUCGUCCUUGCUUGGGGACAGUUACGCCCGUUACGCGCUGCCAAUUGAGGACACCACGAUCACCCUGCAGGAGAUGGUGAAUGUGCUGGAUGAGAUGUACGUGGUACUGCGGGUGGACCGAGUGAUUUCACUGGAAAAAAUCAUGCAGAUGGAGGACCCUAUGACGAAGUUCAAUGACGAAAAGGAUGUACAGCCGAUUUACAAAGAAUUCUGCACGAAGUACAUACGUGAUGAGGCGUUUCUUGAAGCGGAAGCGGAGGCAAAGCGUCAAGAAAUGAUAAGGAAGUCCAUUAUUUAA